CUGGGCAUACGGUGCUCGCUUGCCGACGUCAACUUGACAGACUCGCUCAUCUCGCAAAACACGGUUUCCUCGACGGAAAACGCCUCCAUCUCUCAGAAACUCGACGAGGUGCUCAGCAAGGUCGAUUUACUGCUGGGCGUGCGCCGAGCCGCCGAGAUGGUCGACCAGGAGCUCGACAACCAGCCCGAGGCGUCAAACCUGCUUGACAAGCUGUAUUUCGACGUUACGCCGUUCCGGGACGUACGCCGCGCCGGCGAUAUGACACAGAUCCCCUUCAACAAGGAAUUGGCCCACGGGAUCUGGCCGCUCGUGCUCCCGCACCCCAACGACGCCGACGUCGUCGCCAGCGGCCUGCUGUCCGAGUCGCUCGCCAACGAGCUCGUGCGGCUCGCUAUCGACUUCUACGGCUUCUGGGGCGGCAUCUACGCGGUGCCCCACAACUACGUCAACGAGCUGCGCACGCAGUGUCCGCUGCUGCUCGCCGUGCUGUGUCUGCUAGGAUUACGCUUCUAUCGCGGGCUUUUGCCCCAGAACAUGGACGUUCUUGCGCGCUCGCUGCUCCACACGAUCCAGCGGCUGCUCUCGGCGUCGAUCCUCGUCGUCCCGCAAACAAAGUACCAAAUCCAGGCGUUUCUGCUAAUUGCGCUUUUUUCCAUCUCGCUGUCGUACCAGGCUUUUUAUUUCGACGGCUGGUUUCUGUCCGGCUACGCACUGCUGCACUACAUCACGCGCGAAAUGGACCUGAACCUGCUAUCGGACCGGUUUAAGAUGCACCCGGACCGCAUCGAGAGUUUCCGGCUCUGGAACCAGCUCGCGCUCACGCAUCUGUGCUACUGCAUACUGUCAGGCCGGCCGUGUUUGAUCGACACUUUGCGGCUCGACCAGUGCCGGAACAUUCUGGAUAUCCCGUCUGCCUCGAGCUUCGAUGGCCGCAUCGUCAGCCAACUCUCCAUUUUGCUCACACUGUACAACGCGUUGCAGUUCAAGGAGCCGCUCGAAACAUCGCUCAAGGACCUCAAAUCGUCGUUCAACGACUGGAAACAUCUUCUCGAGCAGGACACCGUCGGGCCGGUAAUCGUGAUCACCUACCGCUUCUCCAAGGUGAUGCUGUACCGCAGAGCGUAUCUGACGACGCUGGACCCGAAAUUGAUCCAGGAUUUGGAUAACGAGUGCGAGAAAUUAAUUAAUAUUUUCAAGGACACGGAUAUCAUGCUGCUGGUCAAGAGCAGCGACCUGAUCAAGUUCUUCAUGAUGUUUGCCGCGCUGAACCUCGCGCAGCACGGCAAGAACGGCCCCGUGCUGGCGACAACCGAGAUCUGCCGCGCUUUCGAGCACAAAAUGGUGUACUACAACCAGUUUGCGUCGAUCUAUCGGCGGCUGCUAGAGUCGGUUGUGCGGUCCUAUGCUCAACCGUGA